AUAUUUCAUUUAGCUCUGAAAUUUUUAACUAAGAUAUAUGCUCAUACCAUUAGAUAUAACUCUCUACUGCUCAAUCUACUUCAGCCAUAAUUUUCAAAUAAUGUGCUUAUUCUUCGUUCAUAAAAAUUAUCAUCAAUAACAAGCUAAAAUUAAAAUAGGAAAAUCAGUUAGAAGUAGAACACAGAGUUUCGCUAAGAAUUGUCUUUCAAAACUGAGGGGAAUGGUUUUUUACAAAUAUUAAUAUUUUCGAAAAGAUAAUAACGAUUGCAAGUUUAUUCGCAUUAGCAACAUUACAUUUUAUCAUCAUUUGAAAUUGUAAGUACCCCUUUUCGUGCUUGAAUCAAGAGAUUGUAACCAAAUUAUAUUCAAUUUUACUCAACACUAACCUUGAAAUUAUAAAAAAACUUGCUGUACUCUAUUCUAAUCUUGAAAAUUGAAUAGAUUUAGCUCCUGCUUUGAUUUUCGUUUUAUUUUAUGAAUGUGCAGGAUUUUAUAUUAAGGAGUCCCUUUUUUCUGUUUCUUAGAUUUAGCACCUUCAGUGGCGGUUCCAGCUACUGCAGAGUGGGAGGGUAAUAGGCGUGGCCAGUAAAGCUACGCUUCUUUGCCUCGUUUCAGUGCUUUGUACCAGGCUAAGUUUCCUUAGCAAAUAUGAACUACCCCUAACUAGCGCUUUUAAUCCAUUUUUAGAAGAAAUAUGCAAACAGUGUUUUGACAAAAGUGAAGAGGGGGGCUAUUACCCUCUAUAGCCCCUUGGUGCCGCCACUGAGCACCUCCAUUGUAAGAUGUUCCUCUAAUUGUAUUACUUUGUGCAACAUUUAGAGCUCUCUCCACAUCAGUCUAGUUUUGAAACUGCUAAUGGCACAUCAUCUACCAUCCUUGCCAAAUAGUUAGAGUACCUGCACAAAAUAUCCAUAGUUUCUCCUUCUACUCGUACAAUGUUAUACAAUGCGAGCAUUGGAUGACUUUCAGUGACAAUUUGUCUUUGAUGCAUAAACACUUCAAGAAAAACCAUAGACAAGAAGUCAUUUGCAAAUGGGUUUUUGGGUAGUUUCUUAGUUUCAGGUAGUAAGUAGGGUAGUUUGUUAGGACAGCGAGAAGCUGUGCUUAACGAGCAGUGUCCUUGUCCUUUCUCUUGACCACACCCCCUGAUUCCUACGACUGGAAUUUCUACUCACUGUAGAUGAAAGUAAGGUCACGCCAAGAGCUCAAACUAAACACCCUUGGAUCUGUUGUCAUGUCAGCGUCUCUAGCCGCUGAGCUAUCCUCACUGCUGUUUUAAGAAAUCAGUAAUGUGCAGAGAGAAAGGUCGAAGAAUUUAGCAAAAAAGAUAAUAUAACUUGAACCUUGGAGUUAACUUCUUUUGAGCAUGAUUGUUUUAGUGUUCCGUUUUGUACAUUAAUUUUUGACCUCGAUUGUAGAUAUUUAAAAGCUUUUUUAUCUGUCCUUUCAUUGAUGCCUUUAUUCGACUCUCAAAAUCAUUCUCGGGUACUUUUGUUAACUUUUGCAAGUAUUUCUGUAGUCAUUAAACAUUGUUUUGUAUAGCUUAGGAAUAGAAUUUAUAUUGAAAUUGAAACCCAAAAUAAGCCUUUUUCAGGAUUAAACGAAUUCGGCCUAAAAUUGAGUACGGUUAACGUUUAACGACAUCGCUACGAUUACGGAUUUUCCAAAAUAUAUCAAGGUCAAUGAUUAUUGGAACAAAAAGGUGCGCUUAUGCGGACAUCGGAUCAAAAAAGGUGCGUUUUUGCAGGUAUCUGUAUUUUAAUGGACCCACCCUCUUUUCCUAUUUGCUACAAGGAUACAGCUACAACAACAACAUCAACAACAACACAAGCGUGCAAUUUCCCGCUUAAACUUGAGAUUCUUAAAAAAAUUCUCGAUGAACGUUCUCAAGAUUUCUUACUGCCUACUAUGUUUCACCAUAUAGUGGGGUCAUAUGAUAUGAUACCCUGGCAAGACGUCUGCGGUAAAGGUUUUUCUGAUUCCUGGAAAAGCCUGGAAAUUGUUUUUGGUGAAUUCCUUUUGGACAGAGAGGCAGAUGAAACAUGGAUGGAAAUCCUGUUUGAUCAAGCGAAUAACGUAUUUGCAUAGGAAAAUGAGUUCACAUUACUGAAAAGUUUCUACACACUGCAUCUCGAGCAUCGGUGUUGAAAAUUCACCAACAAGCACCUUCAGGUGGAAAAAAGCUCCUCGUGUUCCAGAUAAAAUUUUAAAGAUGUUUUACAACCUUGUCCAAAGGUAAAUUUUCUACUUCAAUGGCUUCAGCUUAUUCUUAAAUUUUCUUAAAAAUGAUAAAUUUUGAGACUCGUGUUCUUAAAAUAUUGUUCUUAUAAAAAUGAUUGUAGAUCAGCAUCUAACCCCAUCCCUUUCCUCCAACAUUCAAAGUUGGUGCAUAUAUACGUCAAUAGCAAAUAAUAACAAUAUUGAACAAAGGAGUUGGUCGUGAAAUCCUCAACCAUCAGCCCUUGAUCGAAAUAAAAUUUGACAAAGAUUAUCGACACGGGAUAUGAUGAGAGAUCAUAUAUGAUAUAUUAAAACGGAUUCUGACCAUUGCGUUUACGACUGAUGAGCUUCAGUUAUGAGAAAAGUUUACGAAGAUAAAAAUUACCUUUAAACAACAAGUUGAAGACAUAAAAGCAGCAAAAAGUGUGAUUAUGUUGCCCAGUUACAGUGGCGGAUCUGAACUACCGCUAUUACCGCUCGAGCGGUAGUCAGAUUAUUAAAGAAAUUAUAAAAACAAGGAUCAUUUUUAUGUUUACCCUCGAGACAUGCCUGAAGUUGUCAUAGAGACAUAGAUGCUUUUGAGGCCAUGGCGUGCCGAGUCAGAUGCUUGCAAAUAAAAAGCUAGCUAGCAUGGGGGGAUGAUGAAAUCGUGGCUUGCAUGCUAGGGGGGUUGAGUCGGUGUAGAGCAGAUUCGAGCUGAACUGAGCGGUAGUCAGCCUGCCUAGACCAAUCAAAUCAUCAGAAAUCACAGGCAACCUGGGGGGAUGCAUGCGACAAUGAACAACUGAGUUGACUACUGCUCAGAUGGGGUUUGAAUAGCACUGCCGCUCAACACGGCUUAAACGUUACAGAAAGAUGGGGGCAUAUUCUGCAAGUUGGCAAACUAUAACUACAAAGCCGUUGUGACCCAUUAUUUAGUACAUUACACAAAUAUUAAUAGGAAUAUAUUUUACACGAAUAUUAGGUAGCUGAAAUUCAAGAAGGCAUCAGGAUUAAAAGUCAAACGCACAAAGUUCGCCAAAGUAUGAUUCUUUGUUUGAAAGAAGUUGCUCUCAAAGGUUUCAAAUUUUAUAUGGCUUUUUAAAUUUACAAUAUUUUCUCAAGUAAUUGCACGACUUAACGCGAGUUUUAGGCGACAUUUCAAAAUUCUGCCAAAGAUAUCGCUUUGUUUUCUUAUUCUAUGUUGUUGCUUAGCCUUAAUGUCGUAAUUUUUUUAGAAUAUCCAGCCUCAGAAUAACUACAACGAUAAUUUGUUGCGUCUCAAGGAUACUUAAAGAUUCACAAAAGCGCCGCUUGUGUCUUGAAAAUGGUCUACAUAAGAAAUUAUAGAAAACAAUAAUCAUUUUAGAAAACAGGGUGUGACCAUGAAAUGGGCGUGGUCUAAAGGGUCUGGUCGACCUUCUAUCUCAUUUCGGCGGUAGUCAGAUUUUUUGCUGGAUCCGCCACUGAGUUAACUGCACAAACACAUUGGGUUAGUGAAUGCAGCGGAGUGACACAAAUUUUGUUUGUAUGCUAAUUUGUCACGGAAUAGAUAAAAGGAUACUUUCAGAUAUACACUUGCUGAGCCUUUCAUAAGUCUAAGGUAAAGAUAUGUAUCUGCACUGUUGGACAGCAAAUGGUAUUUGGGGUUGGGAUAAGAACUUGUUUACUGUUUCAUACAGCAAUGAAUUCAAGUACAAGGAGAAAAUGUAUGCGAUCAAUUACCU